UAGCAGUCGGAGGUGAUGGUGCCUCCUCCUCCGCACACUGGAUGGAAGGUGCAAGGUGGAAGCUACAAGGUCGCACUAUUGUCUCUGAUUUUCGCCACACAUUUAUUGGAAAACGCUGGCUUCUGGAAGAGAAAGCAACACCGGGGCGGAACGAGUUAUUGGGCGUGCGAAUCGCUUGACUUUGAACCUGGACGGACAACAAGAAGCCGCAUUUUGCCCAAUGAUUUUUUUAGCCGCAGUGCCACACUGGAUCUAACUAACUAACUGGAUCUAACUAACUAACUGGAUCUAACUAACUAACUGGAUCAUAUCCUAACUAACUGGAUCAUCAUCAUGUCGAGAAUGCAGCUGCACAAAGCCAUGGGCGGCGUGGUGGAGGUGAAAAGUAAGUUUGAAGCCGAAUACCGUCGCUUCGCUUUCAAGAGGAACUGCCCAGGUGGCUUCCAGGAGUUUUAUAGCCUCCUUCAAACUAUACAUCGCAUCCAUGAUGUGGACAUGUUAUUGGGAUACGCCGAUGACUCUGGGGACCUUCUUCCGAUCAACAAUGAGGACAACUUUCACAAAGCUGUCAUGUCAGCAAAUCCCUUGCUUCGCAUUAUCAUAACCAAGAAAGAGGAUGAGCCUGCACCUUUUCCAGACAACCCCCUCCAGAGGCGUAAAAAAGGCUUAGGUCUGUCAGUACUCCGUACCAAUGGCUCCUUGUCCAUCCACUCAAAGAACAAACUUGGUCGCAUGAUUAGCUUACCACAGAACUUCCGUCAAAUUUCAUCAAUCAUUGACGUGGAUAUCUUACCUGAGACACAUCGGCGCGUGCGGCUCCACAAGCAUGGCACCCAUAAACCGCUGGGCUUCUAUAUCCGAGACGGGGUCAGCGUGCGAGUGACGCCACAAGGUGUCGAAAAGGUUCCAGGAGUGUUCAUAUCUCGCCUGGUGCGUGGUGGUCUUGCAGAGAGCACAGGCCUCCUGGGACUUAAUGAUGAAAUCCUGGAGGUCAAUGGCAUCGAUGUUACAGGAAAAUCAUUGGAUCAGGUAACAGACAUGAUGGUGGCCAACAGCCACAAUCUUAUCGUGACAGUGAAGCCAGCUAACCAGAGGAACAAUGUGAUACAUCGCGGGAGUGGAACCUCCGUGGGAAGUUCUAUUUCUUUUGGCCUAAAUGGAUCUACAGGCUCCUCUCUUUUGCAUGAUUCAACAAGUCCUACUUCCCAGAGCAACCCCAUCACUGCAAGCAGUACUGCAGAGGGCGACAGUGAUGAAGAAGAUGACGACGACGAUUGCGAUCUAAUUGUGGAAAACGAGCGUUUGAUGUUUCCUGAAUGUGAUGGCGUCGCCAACAGCAACAAGGUGUACAGCAACAGUGAAAUAUUGCAGGAUGGUUCUGUGAUGAGGACCCUUCAACAGAGCGUCUCCAUGCCUGAAUAUAUUGCAUCUGCCCUGACAGAUAGAGCCAUGGUGAUGUCCAGUACUUAUGGACACAGCUGAUGAUGUAUACACACACUAAUAUCCAUCUCUGUAUCAGCAACAUCUCAAUGUACAUUUGCCAAGGUGACAACUUUUGAUGUGUUUGGUGGUUCACCUUUAAAAAACCGCAGGACGGCUUGGUGGUUGCUAUGGUAACCGACAUGUGUACCAAGAAAACUGUCAACAAAAACUCAUGUGAUUUUAGGAAAACAGAACACAAUUCAAAAUAGAAACGCUCUUCAUAGUGCAGACCUCCACCAAAUAGUAAAAAAAAAAAGUCCUGAGCCCAGAUCUUUAAAGUGUAAUCUCUUGUUCCUUAUCCAUUUCUGACAUUUUCUGAAAGUUCCAUCAAAAUAUGCCCUUCAUUUUGAAGCUAUCUUUACCGGAGUGAAGCCCUAUGUCUGUCUCCAUUAUCGUCGUCUUUGCAGAGCUGCUAGCGUACAAAAUGUUAACGUAAGAAAAUGUAGAAAUAAUCAAGAUCAAUCUCAAAAUGACUUUUUCUUCAUCCAUUUCCUAACAUCUUCUUCUUCCGCUUAUCCAAGGUCGGGUCGCGGGGGCAGCAGGUUAAGCAGGGAAGCCCAGACUUCCCUCUCCCCAGCCACUUCAUCCAGCUCCUCCCGGGGGAUCCCGAGGCGUUCCCAGGCCAGCCGGGAGACAUAGUCUUCCCAGCGUGUCCUGGGUCUUCCCUGUGGCCUCCUACCGGUCGGACGUGCCCGAAACACCUUCCUAGGGAGGCGUUCGGGUGGCAUCCUGACCAGAUGCCCGAACCACCUCAUCUGGCUCCUCUCCAUGUGGAGGAGCAGCGGCUUUACUUUGAGCUCCCCCCGAAUGACAGAGCUUCUCACCCUAUCUCUAAGGGAGAGACCCGCCACUCGGCGGAGGAAACUCAUUUCGGCCGCUUGUACCCGUGAUCUUGUCCUUUCGGUCAU